GCCCAGCAUUAUAGCUACCAACAUGGUGGAGGAGGACUCCCAUCCUUCCCCCCUGUCAGAGAUGGAUGAUGCAGCUAGUACAAACGAUACUCCUCAACAGAUGGUGACGGAAUUCCCAAAUAAAGAUGACCUUGUACCAAGACUGAGACGGACCAAAAGUAUCAUAAUGAAAGACACAAAUUUUGAAGAUUCUGAUGAACUAUAUGAUUCUACACCAGACAGUGCAGAUGAUUACAUUCCAGAUACCACUUGUGAAAGUGAGGGUGACAGCGAUGCUAGUCUUCUCCCAAAUGAAAGGAUUCAAAGGGCUCUUGAUGAUAUAUUCAAUGUCUCUGACUCAAUGAGUCCCCAUCUCUGUGACAGCACAACACCAGACAAUAUGACCUUUAACCGGGACAUCCUUACAUCUGAAGCCUCUGGAGCAGAAGACAUACCCUGUUCAAGUCAGAACAUAAAUGACAGCAUAGUUGUUAGUGCAAGCCAAAAAAGAGGUGGGAAUAGAGUGUAUGACAAGAGACAUUAUUGUUUAUAUUGCAGUAAGCCUUAUGCUAAGAUGGCAAGGCAUCUAGAAAGAGCACAUGAAAACAAGUCUGAUGUCGCUAAAGCUCUAAGCUUUCCAAAGGGUUCCAAGGAGAGGAAAAAACAACUAGAUUACAUUCGCAACAGAGGAAAUUUUGCUCACAAUGCUGCUGUUAUGGAGUCAGGAAAGGGGGAGUUAGUACCAUUUAAGCGACCGCCUAAAGAGGCACAGGGAAUUGACUUCAUGCAUUGCGCAUACUGUCAAGGACUUUUUAUAAGAAAGGUCCUGUGGCGACAUAUGCGUAAUUGUAGACUUUCACCUCGGUCAGUUGCCCCCAAACCAGGAAAGAAUCGUGUUCAGUCCAUGUGUACAUACACAGGGCCUGUGCCUUCGCACAUUAGUAAACAACUCUGGGACGUAAUCAGUGCCAUGAAUCCUGACCCAAUCACAGAUAUUAUAAAAAAUGAUCAAGUAAUCACUGAUAUUGGGCAGCACUUGUUGAGCAAAGGUGGUACAUCAGCCAAGAAUCAACAGUGUGUGCGGGAGAAGAUGCGAGAAAUGGGAAGGUUGAUUCACAAUGCAAGGAGAGUCACCACAUUAAAAAAAAUGAAAGAUCUCAUAAAUCCAAAGAACUACAUGGAGACUGUCAAAGCUGUCAAAUCUACAUGUGGGUAUGACAGUGAAGCUAAUAAGUUCUUGAUUCCAUCAUUAGCAAAUAAACUUGGACAUGCCCUGGUUAAAGCAAGCAAACUAUUAAAAGCUCAGGGUUUAAUGUCAAACAACCAAAAACUUGUGAAGAAUUCCACUGAGUUUCUAGAAGUCCAUCAGGAAAAGUGGAAUGCACUGAUCUCAGCCACAGCUUUGAGGAACAUCAGGGAAGCAAAAUGGAAUGUGCCCACUCUCAUGCCCUUUACCGAAGAUGUCCAAAAAAUGCAUGCAUAUCUCAGUCAAAUGCAAAAUGAGUGGUACAAUUCACUCUCUAAAAGUUCCUCUUCAAAAGCCUGGAUGGAGCUGGCAAAAGUGUCUCUGGCCCAGAUCAUUCUCUUCAACCGGCGUCGGGAAGGAGAGGUGGCAAGCAUGCCCUUAUCUGCGUUUUCAUCAAGAGACUCUUCUGAUCCACAUGAAGAUGUAGACUGGGCGCUCUCUGAAGUGGAAAAAAAACUCUGCAGACACUUCUCAAGGAUUGUCAUCAGAGGAAAACGUGGUCGCCCUGUUCCAAUUCUUCUGACUCCAAAAAUGCUGGGUGCAUUAGAACUCCUUGUUCAGCAGAGAGAGGCCUGUGGAGUUCUAAAGGACAAUGCUUAUAUGUUUGCAAGACCUGAAGCUUUGACACAUUUCCGAGGUUCAGACUGCCUCCGUGGCUUUGCGAAGGUGUGUGGUGCAAAGUGUCCCAAGGCACUGACAUCUACCAAACUACGAAAGCAUGCUGCUACCCUUUCAACUGUGCUGAACAUGACAGACACAGAGAUGGACCAGCUGGCCAACUUUCUUGGACAUGAUAUAAGAGUACAUCGGGAGUUCUAUCGACUCCCUGAGAAGACCCUGCAACUUGCCAAGAUCAGCAAAGUUCUUAUGGCACUCGAACAAGGAAGAUUAUCUGAGUUUCAUGGCAAAAACCUGGAUGAAAUUGGGAUAGAACCAGAUGAAAAAGUUCUGGACAGUGAUGAGGAAGACCGGAGCAUUCAAGAUGAAAACUGUCCCAGUGGUGAUGAAACAUCAGCUGAGGAGACAUCUCAUCCUACUGUGAGAAAUGAAAUGCCGUCACGACCAUCGAUAAGACAUGAACCACCGUUAUCAGAUGAUGAGAUAUCUUCAGGAGGUAGUGCUGUGAAGCGUUCCUCCAAAGAACCAUCAGCUGAGGAGACAUUUCAACCUACUAAGGGAAAUGAAAUGCCACCCCAAACAUCCAAAAGACGUGAACCGCCACGACCAUCCAAAAGACAUGAACCACCAUCAUCAGAAGAUGAGAUAUCUUCAGGAGUUAGUGCUGUGAAGCCUUCCUCCAAAGGUAAAGCCCCCCUGAAGAAGAAGAAGACUCCCUGGCAGCAGACAGAGGUGCAGGCCGUGGAAAGGCACAUGAAUCGAUUCAUCACAUCUUGUGUUGUACCAGGAAAGAGUGACUGUGAGAAGUGUUUAAAGGCUGAACCAGAAGCUCUUAAGAACCGGGACUGGCAGACCCUGAAGUUCUACGUUUAUAACAGAAUCACAGCCUACAAAAGGAAAUUUCAGUGUGAAUAAUUCGAAUGUCACCAACUAUCUGGUAGGGCAUUUUUUUUCUCCAUGUUUAAAAACAGGUUCUGCAUUUUGCAUUUUAUUUUUGUUUUUUAAAAGAGUUUGAUUGGUUCAUUUUACCAGACUUUGUUAAUAUAGUUGAACUCAUUAAAAUUUGAGAUCUGCAAUCUGCAAUGUGAGUUUAA